AUGUGCUCAGUUGUCCUCCGUAUACCGAUUAUCAUUAUCAACGUUUUCACUUUGGUGAGUUGUCAAGUUUUUUUAAUUUUUCCCCCAUAAAUUUGCUCUCAAGAUGGUCCUAAAACAGUGCAAAUUGCAUAUAUAAAUAGGCAUAAUUUGAGACCGUCUUCUUCAGUCAGAAAGUGAAAUUAUGCAAGGAACCUUAACUUCUACGUGUUAUUGUUUUUGUGUUUUGUUUUACCUGUCAUCCCCGGCGGAGAGGUAGGCCUGCUCUUAUUUAUAUGUAUAAGUAGGCGUUAACGUCUUCUUAUUGCCAGAAAGAAGUCCAUAGCUUCCGCAGACAAAUUAUAUUUUUCUAAGAUUGCUGAGUCGGAUUGAGCUGUAAAAUACUUUAUUUCCUUCCCGCCUCUCUGGAUGUAAUCGACCAUGGCAACAUACUAGUAUUUCACAAAGGAAAAACAGAUGAAACUGCGCUAUGUGAUCGUGCUUUCACAAAAGGCUGACGUUCUGGGCGCGAUUCCGUCAUAUUCAGCACCCAGAUACCCCCAGAGCCCCGACAUGCACUUUUGGACACAUACUUUGUAAAAUUUGUCUUAGAUCCUCCUCCAGGGUAAGGAAGUUGGCACUGGGGAUUGGCGCAGCCUACAAUAAGACAGACAGAUUCAUUUAGUCAAGACAAUUCCCCUAAAGAAACAAUCUGACGGGCAGGUCCUGCUUCUAAGUGACAAACCUGGCCAACCAGAUUCGUUUGCGGCAUUGACUUUAGUAGCUGAACUGCGGUUUUCCGCCUGACUGUACGAGUCUGGUAUGAGGGCAAGGGAGUGUGUCCCUUCCGUCGGCUGAAUUACAACCGUCUACUCGUAUUAUCGACGGGGCGGCCAAAUUAGAAGUGCGGUCCUGAUUUAGGCUGCCAGUGGCCGUGGCAGAUAAGCGUUGCAAUAACCAAUCACCCAAUCACAUGCAUUCACUGUGGCGAGUCACAGUUCACGGGCGAGCAACAUUUUCGCGGGCAACUUAUAGGUGACAUCUUGGAGCCCAGGGCACAUCUGAGGAAGGGUUUUGAGGAAUUGAAGCGUGUGUGAGUCUAUGCUUUUCGAAGGGAGAAAACCGACCUCCCAAUGAAUCAGCUGGCGACGGAGUGGGACGGCGCAAACAAUUAGCUGGCGACGCAUCCUGAGAAGGACAGGCGGGGGGAGGGGUGCGGUACAGUAAAUAACCCCCACCACCACCACCACCACCACUUGAAGCACAGACGAAUUUGUAAUUUGAGGACAUAGUUAAGAGUCACCAUGGGAAGCGGCAUACGUCACCCUGAUCUUCAAUAUUCCCAGCGGCCAGAAGGUAAUCACAUGACAAGUCCUUACAAUAACCGAAGAAGAUGUGCUUUCCAAGGGCAUGAAAUACAACCCCUCCGAUUCAAACUACCUAGAAUUCCUUACAAACUUGGAAUCCAUCAUACCGUCAGAAAAGCCCUCAGAUGAUGAACGUUUCACAAUCCGGAAUAACACCGUGCAAGCUCUAAAGAACCUAAACUAUUUUUCCGUUUUGUCACGCGAGAAAAUGAAGGCGCUGAAAACCCUGAAAACUGACAAGAACACUGUCAUUCUUCCUACAGACAAAGGAGGCUCAACUGUUAUUGUAAACAAAACAGACUACAAUAACAAGAUGCUAUCUUUGUUAGAAGAUAGGUCAACGUAUAUGCCCCUCACCGUGGAUCCCACAAAAGCACAGAUUUCAUCCAUUAAUAAAGUACUGAAAGGCCUUGCAGGAAAGAAACAACUACCAGGAGAAAUUGCAAAAUACCUAUGACAAACUGAACCAACAAUCGCAAAAAUCCAUGGACUACCGAACGUUCACAAACCCGACGUACCAUUGCGACCGAUGGUAUCGUUAAUCGGAGCACCGAGUUAUAAGAUUUCUAGAUGGAUGUUCUAUAAAUUCUCUCACUUAACAAAGGAUUGUGAGACUUCAGUCGAGAAUUCUAUUGAAUUUCUAGACCAAGUAAGAGGACUCACUACUGAUACGGAUGAGAUAAGGGUGUCGUUCAAUGUUGUCUCUCCAUUCACGUUCAUACCACUCGAUUUAGCAAGGCAGCGCACAAAAGAACUCUUACAGUCCUACGACAUUGAUUUUGCUGCAUCUGCUUUGCUUGCACUCUUGGAAUUAUGUCUGGAAACGAACUUUCCGUUCGCACAUGAAUAUUAUCGCCAAAUAAAAGAAGCUCCUGUGGAUUCACCUAUUUCUGGAUUUUUGGCUAAGGUCACAAUGCAAAAAAUAGAGGCUACGGCCUUACCAUUAUCCAAUCCUAAAUUGUGGGUACGCUACGUAGACGACAUCUUUGUCGUCGACAAGAGAGAUCAGCUGAAAACACUGCAUAACGUUAUCAACUCAACACUACCGGGAAUUACCUUAACGCUCAAAAGAGAAGUUUAUGGCAAACUCCCAUUCCUUGAUGUCCUCGUACGGCCAAAAACUGACGGGAAAUUCCACACAUUAGUAUACCGCAAAGAAGCUUACGCGAUGUUAUCCUACAUUACGAGAGCAACCACCCUAUGGCUCAAAAAUGGAGUGCCGUUAACACCUUACUUAAUCGAACAAAGACACACUGCUCUGAGAAAGAACGGUACAAAAUAGAACUAAAUUAUCUGUUUAACAUAUUUUCCUAAAACGGCUACCCUGGAGAUUUUGUACGCCGAUGCAUGAAACAACAGGAAUAAAAAGAAAGAGAUAAUGAACUAGAUUGUUCCGAUAAGGCGCCAAAACCAAAAUAGUGGCGAACGCUUCCUUAUAUUAAAAAUGUGUCUGAACUCGUUGAAAGACAUCUGAGGAAGCACCAAAUGCAAGUGGCCCACAAACCGACAUUUACCCCACGCAACCAGCUUGUACACCCUAAGGAUAGGGUUGGCUAUUUAGAUAAAAAAAAAGAAGUGGUGUCUAAGAUUUCAUGUGGCACUUGUAAUGCGGUUUAUUGUGGCCAAAUCGGAAAAUACGCCUCUACACACCUACAUGAACACCAUUUGGCAGUGAAAAGACGGGACCACUUAGCCCAAGUUGCCAUGCAUAUUCUUUAAACUAGGCACAGAAUUGCUUGGUAUAAAACACGCAUUGUCGGUUACUACCCGCAGAAGAAAGGCCGAGAAUUCCUAGAGGCCAUUCACUCUGAUGAUUCAUGCUUCAAUCGGCGCAUCGAUCUUGACGCCAUGUACACAAAUCGCAAAGGAAGGUGGAAAAGGUGAUAGCUAAUCAAAACGUGGCCUCAGCCCACAGCGUUGACCCAUCCUCAGUAAUGACAAAUCAAUACCGAUUUUUCAGGCAUGUUUAAAUUUUAACUGUUUUGUUCACUCUUGCUACACGUCUAACGACGAGCUGGGGAGGGAGGCUCGAUAAUUAACGAAAUUAAGUGUGUUCACCUUCCCAAAGGACUCAUUUUUCUUCGAAAUAUAUGUAUAUGCAGACAGUAAAAAAGGAGUCUUCUUUGUCCAGCUUGUUGGCGCCUGCAUUUGUGCCGCUGGGUUCUACUUCCGCUACAAUCCCAAUGGACUGGAGUCUAUCCUCAGCACCUACAUUUCCUCAUCACUGUCGGUGAGCGGAACUUCAUCAUCAAAUUCACAGUUUACUUCAGACUUGAUAUCAGAAAUUACUACACUCCUCGGUAAGUGCUGUCUGCUUUUGGAAGUGUUUACUACCUUACGACAAGGAAAAAGGGGUGGUGGAAGCAGACAAUCAGAGCAGCUUUUAAGAUAAACUUAAUGUGAAUAUAAUUUCCACUGGCGGAAGCUCUCGAAGAAGGAGAGAUGAUCGUUCUUCUGGCGUUCCGGAUUCACACGCAAACCCCGCAUCAGACGCAGAGUCAGACAGGAAGAGUGAGUGGCACAAGUGUUGCCAUAUUUAUAGGAUGCAGGUGCUAGGCAAUUUCAUGCCUAUAAAAAUGACCAAUCACGCAUUCAUGGGAGAUUUUUUGCAGGAUAAUGCCUUAACGGCCCGCAGCUGAGUCAUUAAUUGUCGGAUGUUCAUCUCUCGUGUGGGCUCUUGGACAGUUUGGAGCAUCGCAACUGGCACCGGGAACAGUGUCUUUCCCUGCGCUCCGCGCUUGGUUACCUACUUUGCCUAGGCAACGCCUCAGCGUGUUUGUUAACUGCAGGUCGGAAAACUAUGCCUCGAUCAGUCCACGGCUCACGCGAUUGUCACCUCUCGCAAGAAUUUUGACCUCAUCGAAACUGAAUGUGCGACCGAGGCACGUUGAGUAAGCCGUGACCUGGGAGCUGGCAUUGUUCGUCUUCACUGUUGCUGCUGCUGCUUGCUUGGCCAUGCCCGCCCGAAUUAGUCUUCUACUUUUGCCGACAUAGUUGCUUGGCCAAUAACUGCAUCAGAUCCGACAGAGGACUCUGAAGGUUUCCCGCCAUUCCGAGAAUUUCCAUAGGCAUUGUAGUUAGCUACAUCAGGAGCACGCGAAAAACCACUGUGGCCCAAGAACUCAUACAAGUGAUAAAAUUUCUGCAGUCAACGGCUCGACUGCGGGCAGUUAUCAUACCACUAGCAACCACUCGCGAUGAAUGCAGAAACCGCCAAUUUUGGUGUAUACGCAGUGUCAUAGCAAAUUCAUCCCACAAAUACUGCAACACCAGUGCACCCCACUACCCAUGCUUGGAUCUCCCAGAGGUGAUGGAUCCGAUUGCGAGUCCAAAACGUCAAGCGAAUAAAGCUCUUGUUCCUGUCAUCUUGGUUCCUUCCUCGCGACUGUUUUCUGGAACUCACCUCUUCGCCUCUAACAGGGGACAAUCUCCUCAUGCCUGACAGGCCAGGGCUUAGAAGGAAAUAUUCAAAUAGGUAGCCUAUGAAAAUGCCUCAAAAUGCUCUCCAAUAAGUCCCCUUUCCUACGCUGUUUAAUGCCCGAACACCGUGUUAACCACUUAAUGACCACGGUGGAUCGGUUCGGUCUUUCGGCGUAACACAGGCGUUUGCUUUAGUCUUGGGGCUGUAGUCUAGAGUCUGCGCAUUCGGUCAUGCACCGACCACGAUAGCCAAGAAGUGAUAUAGACUAUAUAAUUUAAGGUCGGAAGUGACCACUGCUAGGGACCCGGAGUGGUAUUUGUUGAUUUAUCCUGAUUUUGGAAGAGUUCUGUUGGGGAAAGACUUUUCGACAAUCGCAAGUAUGCCAGAAAUGGCAUUUUCGACAUCCCUGCCUGUGCCGAUCGUAGUUCCUGAUUAUAAAAUAUUCGUUUAAACUACGUAAUGAUUGUCAUAUAGACCAGCCUAAAGCUAGACAUAAGAAAGAGCUUCAUUCGUUUUUGAGCCCUGUUACUCGAGGCAUUGUAUAUCCUGCCAAACUGAACAUAUACAUUUUAUAGUCAUAAUAACAUUGUCGACAAAGGCAAGGGAGACUGGAAUGGCCAUUUCUGGCUUACUAGUCGUCGUCAGCCAGCCAUGGCGAACCACAAAGUGUGCAAUCCCUAAGGCUCGAUCCCACGACCUGUUAAUUAGAAGUCCAACUUCGUAACCACCGAGCCACUGUCUCGCCGUCCUGCCGGCUGCGACGUCAGAGAAGCCAUCACGGAACUCGCUCGACCCGUUGUGUCUUGGGGCUCUCUCUCGAGCCUUACCAGCAGCCGUUUAGCAACGCGUAAAAUAGGCAGAAUAAUAUUACCGAGAGAGAGAGAGCCGGGAGAAAGAGCCCCAAGGUUCAACGGGACGAGGGACUUCCCUAACGCGAUUGGUGAGCAUCCCUAUACCAUUAUACAGUAGAUGUGCUAACUCAUGAAAUGUCAACCGAAAUUUCGAAAUGCGUUCUCGUUUCGAAAAGAUAAAUUAAGUAGUGUUGAAAAAAUAAUCAUGAUGCAGCAUAAAUCUAUAAUGAUCCAGUUACCUUAGGGUGUCGGCUUUCGAGGGAACUCAUUUUCGGCUGCAUGCAAGAUCUAUACUCUGCAAAAAAUGAAUACUUAUGUAGUAUGCAAUUUUCUCAUUGAUUUUCGAUGCCCUUGAAAAUUCACUUAUAUUUCAUGGAAGACAUGCAUAAAAAUAUUCAUUAUUUUACUUAUUCGGUAGAAAAUCACGUCUCCUUCCAAGUUCAUACUCAAAAGAAGAGUAUAAUUCGGUUUUAAAAAACUUCUCUAAUUCCCGAAUAAUUUUGAACCCGACUUGCUAUUACACUUGCAUUCAGGGUUUCAAAACUACAAGCUGUAUAUUUUCCGUAUACGGAAAACCAUGCAUUUCUCUACGGUGUUAAGAGGAGACCAUAUGAGGUUCAUAAAAUUAAGCAGUGGAUUUGAGCAAUAUUGUUAACUUUACAAGCCACAUUCGUAAAUGCAGAUACAGGACGUUUCAUGAAAGACCACUUAACGGUAUUAAAAAAUCUCACAAUUAGAACCUUUUUAAAACCUAAUUAUACUCUUAUUUUGAGUAUGAACUUGGGAGAAAACGUGAUUUUCUACCGAAAAAGUAAAAUAAUGAAUAUUUUUAUGCAUGUUUCCCAUGUAAUAUAAGUGAAUUUUCAAGGGCAUCGAGAAUCAAUGAGAAAAUUGCAUACUACAUAAGUAGUCAUUUUUUGCAGAGUAUAGAUCUUGCAUGCAGCCGAAAAUGAGUUCUCUCGAAAGCCGACACCCAGAGGCAACUGGAUCAUCAUAGAUUUAUGCUGCAUCAUGAUUAGUUUUACAACAAUACUUAAUUUAUCUUUUCGAAACGAGAACGCAUUUCAAAAUUUUGGUUGACAUUUCAUGAGUUAGCACAUCUUCUGAACAUAUUAUAUAUGCGUAUAUGCACACAAAAAGAAGGCUCUCCAGCAAGUAGAGUUGUAGUUGUGAACGUUCAAGCAGAUUACGACAAUUGAGGUAGAACUUUAAGGGCACAGAAGUACUCUCUUCUAACAAAGAGGUAGUGAAACCAGCUCGAAAGUUCACGAAUGCAGAUCGAUUUUUCCAAAGAGUCUCCUCUUAUUAGUUUCAUCUCGGAACGCAUACCACCUGGGUAAUGCGUAUGAGCGCAUAUGCCUUGAGCACGAAGGACGAUCAUUGAAACUAUGGAUCUAAUGAACCGAAGAUUCGGAAGUAAAAAUGCUUUCAUUGUCAAUGGUAGGUUUGUUACGGCAUCUCACGGUAUUUCAAAGAACAUCGCGAGGGUGGACUACGCUCCAUGCUCUCGUCUGUAUUGUACGUAUUAUUUGCCCCGGUCCAUCAGUGGGAACUUGGAAGGACCCCCAACACACAGGCCCUAAGCUACCACAGUAAUCACCCGGUAUGCCACACAGCUGCGCGCGAAAUACUUGUAAGAGAACAGACACACAUUGCGGUGAGACAGGCGACAAGGCAGCCUACUUCCCCUGCCUGUAGCAGAUGUUCAUUUUCAAUGGUCCUCUCUCAUCUUUAUAGAACGCAGCAGGUGAUCUAAGCGAACUAUAAAGUAAAAAGCAGAACAACCGAAAGGCUGGUGGGGAUGCUGUAUAGUGUGAACGUAUCCGAAGUCAAUGCUCUGGUGAAGAGAUGAGACCGUCUAUCGCAAGGAGCUAUCCACACACUCGAGACAACAAUAAGACGUCUGACCGGAUGGCUCAGGGCCUCACUCCACAGCAACAUAUGUCGUGUCCAGUGUAGUUUUUCUGAAGCAAACUAUAUGUGUAUACAUAUACUAAAAACGGGCAUCCCAAUAAAUGUAAUUAUAAAGUAAUGGAAUUCUUUGCGAAAAUGUAACUUCUGUUUUGUAGGCCUUCAAGGCUGGGGAGCAAAAAAGAUUAACUUGCCAUUUAUGUUCUUCGCUGCGUAUUAUUUAAAAAUUUUUUCGGCCAUUUGAACUUCAAAUGAGCUGCCGCAGUUUAGCGUCAUCGGUGAAUAUGGUAUUAUUACAGUGAAAUCCAAAAAGAUCAAUAUUUCCCUACAUUCUAAAAUUUAAGGGGUCAAGAACUGACCACAGGGACAUCAUAGGCCACAUUUAUCCAUUCCGGCUGUUUGUCAACGAUAUUAACUCACUCUUUCCAGUCGAGUGAAAAUACUGCUACCCAGUUGAAAGUUCGAUAUUUUAUAGUGUAUACUUUAGUUUGUUGGGGGGUGAUGGCCCAGGCGAAGUGCAGAGCUGCGUCUAACCCAUUUGGGCUUUAAGGGUUGUGUGUGCGUCUCCUAUGCCAUGACUCAGCAAACCAUGGCCUUCGUAGCCAGGUGUGCGCAAUGGCAGUUCUCUGGCACCUGGUUCCCUGUCGGUAGAUGCGCUUGCACUCCGCUGGAUUGCCGAUACAAGCGAAGAUGCGAAUUCCAGGAACUAGUUGAUCAGAAGAAUAAGCGAUCGCUGGAACAAGGGCUUUAUUCGCCUGACGUUUCGGAUUUUCACUUGAACCCAUCAUCAGACACAGUGGCAGAAAAGGGUGACUAAUGCACAGGAAGUUGCAGUACUUAUAGGAUGCAGUCGCUAUGCUACCGCGUGCAUAUAGCGAUUAAUCGCACUCCCCUUCAUCAAGGAUUGUUGCCAUCUGAUGCGCUAAUUGCUUGAUGGUCGGCCUGCAAGUUGAUAAUUUCUGAAGUCUCAUCGCCCGUUUUGGAUGCUGGCGUGAUGAUCGCUCGGCCAUCUGGCUCACCGGCUUGCGCGCUCCCCGGGUGGUCAUUUACUUUGGCUAGUCUAUGUCUCAGCAUGGAAUAUGGAGUGGGGAUGUCGUUGCACUUGUUGAUAGACUGAGGUCGCGUGAACCAUGACCAUGAGAAUCCGAAACGUCAGGCGAAUAAAGCCCUUGUUCCAGCGAUCGCUUCUUAUUCUGAUCAACGAUUAACUUAUUUGUCGUGUCUGACUAAGUAUUCCGCGGUUGACCGACGUCUACGCUAAUACGUGUUGGGAGGAUUUCGUCAUCUGUUCGGGAUUGGCUGUGCUCGUUUUAAUUUGUCCUUGAGGCUUUUGUACGUGGCAUUCAAAUCGAUAUACCGAUUGAUGUACACCUCAUCUGAGUUUAUUGUCUCCAAAACUUCAUGGCCUCUCUUUACGGGGCGGACGCCAAUUUGGUGAAAUUCCCAUAUGUGGAAAAUGUAUUUCAGCUGGUCGAACGACAGCUAAGCACCAGCUACACGUAACACACAAAUCGGUAACUGUCUUACACGAACAGCUUGUACGCCUUGUGAACGAGGUUGGCUACCUUGAUAGAAAGGGUAUUGUCUACAAAAUCCCAUGUCUCAUUUGGGGUGUCAUCUAUCGUGGCAAAAGCGGAAAAUCCCUUUCAACUCGAUUGGAAGAACAUCGGUUAGCGAUGAGGAGAUGAGACCGUAUAUCACAGGUGGCCAUUCACACACUGGAAGUUGGACACAAAAUUGUGUAUGAGAACAAACGCAUUAUAUACAUAUAUACAACCAUGGUUUCCGAGAUCGUCUGUUCUUCUUCUUCUUCUCAUAAAUAGGUUUGUAUGAAUUAGGAAAUGGGCAUACCAAGAAGCGAACUUCGAAGAAAAAACAUUUUGGGAGAGAGUAGCACAUUUUAUUAUGUAAAGUUUUAACGCUGUUUUCCCAGGUCGUUAACAGACGUACAGUAAAUGUGCUAAACAGUUGAAAUUUUUGACAUGCCUGAAAAAUCCAUAUCCCAUGAUCAUUUUGGCCAAUUGCUCGUCACUGCGGCCUCAAAUCCCAUUUACAUUGGCCUUCCUUAUACGGGCAGGGAGCAAAAAUGCACGUUUUGUCCCAGGCGAAUUUGUGCCCAAUUUCAGUGUAUGCAUGGCAACUGGAGACAAGUUGUCACGUCUCCUUACUGCCAACUGAUGCUCGUAAAGACGUGUAGGAAUAGAUCAUCCUGUCCGACCACAAUGCACUGCAUUUUAACUGCCACAUGACAUUUUGUAGACGCCUCCCAUACUUUCCACUUUCAUAUCCGUCUCUCUCUCUCCCUCUUUAGGACCCGUUCUGCUCGGCAUCGCGUACUUCGGCUUGGCGAUGAUGAUCUUGUCCCUGAUUGGUCUCAUCGCCGCCAGCUGUUUAAUCAAGAUACUGCUUAUAAUCGUAAGCCUUGUCAUUCGCUCAACCUAUUAACCAUCUUCAAUUCCAUCCAGUAUGCAAUCCUACUGGGACUGCUGUUGCUUGGGCAGAUCGUCGCCAUUAUCGUCCUCGCCACCCAGAAGACGAACGUGAGUCCCCAAUUUUAAAUACUCCGGGAGAUGCAGUGUUAAAAAUGAGCGUGCCGAUUGACGUACAGUUCGGAUUUUAAACCAUCCUCGUCGAGGGCUACAAAUAACUGUAAAAGACAUCCUUCAGUUGCUUGUUUCUUGGUCUUUUGCUCACGAAAGCCCUGCAAGCAUUGUGCAACUAGUAAAUACUUAAAGAGCCUAUGCAAGCAUCUCCCGGGUGCAUUUCUUCUAAACCAUUCUCUUUUUCCAGUUAAUCAAUCUGAUGGAGGAGCAGUUGGCCACGUACGUUCCAAGCUAUGAAGGAAUUAACGGGACAAACGUGGCAAGCUUCAUCUGGAACCUGAUAAUGAGCCAGGUAGGCUUGAGUCUUUCCCUACUUCACUGACGUUUAGUAACUCUUGACGUUCUGAGCAUUUAGACAGCGAAACAGCAAUUACGUAAAUGUCAAUCUUGGGUGGGCUUGUUGCCAAUUAGGCACAAGCUGUGGAUCUGAAUAGCAGACAAGGAGUUAGAGACAUGCUGAUUUAACUCUGCAGGAAUACCCAUAACGCAUACAAGAGUAGAAGACUUGUACAGCAGCAGCUAAACUAAAUGGCCCAACAUUGCGUUGAGGUCAAGUAGCCGACGAUGGUUUUGUUCUCAUUGAUGUCUUCUUGCCUUCCCCAGCGGAAACAAACAAGACUUUUAACUCGCUUGGCAGAUUUCAGGUCAGGAAUGCAUACGCAUACUUUUUUUGAGUAGUCUGCAAAUUUCCGCCCUUAAGUCAACAAGGCUGAUUUGCAAGCAUGGCAGUUCGACCGUGGAUUUCGACCGUAGAUAUCCGUCGUGUGCUCCACAGCAGGGUGAGAGCAGGGAUAUUGACUUGCGCGUGAAUUAGUUUGUUGUGAAAGUAGACUUGCGACGCAUCUACCGCACUCUUCCCCCACCUGGGCCCGGCGUCAUGACCAAGUCAAGAAGACCGUAGGUGGGAGAGGUCGCAGAUGGCCGGCGCGGCCGGAGCAGCCCCUAGGCGUCCCGCCACACCCGGCUCGGAUCCCACGGAUUGGAAGUGCUAUAGGGACCACAUUAAGAAGGAGUCAUUGCAGCUUGACUCUCAGUCCGCCAGUCGGCCACUCAACACACACGCCGGGCUGACUGCGGGGUUUCAUUUGUCCUGUUAGUUGGCAACCUUCCAAGCCAUGGCUUUUAGCCUUCCGUGAUAGCUUCGACCGCUUCAGAUUAUUUAUUAGGAGGAAAGUGCGCUGAGACGUCUACUUCACUCCCUCUUCCUAUUUGACAGUCCCCGUGAGGUGGAUUCUCAAGUGACCGACCAGUCCGAUGCGCGAUCUACAUGCGCGGUGGUAGUAAGGGCAGAAUCAGUUGGGACGGUGAGGCUACUAACAGUGGUCAUGCUGUUGGAUAGGAAAUUGUUCCUACUGAAUAUGCGAGCAUUACCGGUUAUUCGGGUUGUGUUUGGAGUGUCGAUACUACGGUGAACUCCGCUUUCUUGGAUGCGCAUGUGAUCGAAUAGGCCCAUGUCGUGAGUGAAUGUGAGUGUGCAGUGCGAACAGUGGGGGCGGGCGUAUUUCGCGUCUUCUGGCACUGGUGCACCGGUCACAGUGCGAUGGGCUCACAAGCGAUCGGCCAGACAAAUGCAUGAGCUGGAUGUGCGAUCACAGUGUGGACAGGUUGGGAUUGAGUUCACUAACACACGCAUACAGUGUAAAUAAGCAGAGGAUCGAAGGUCAGUACAAAUAAUGGAAAAGGCGACUGGGAUAGCCACUUCCAGAUCACUGCCCAAACAGUAAAAGGCCGUAGUCUAACCGGCAGGGUUUUAAACCCAAUAGCCAGCUUAAACCGACUUGAAAUCUUUGAAAGCCUCCGCCUGGAGCUGUUCGGUGCCUGGUCGACAGAGGCUAAUAAUACAGAAACGGACAUUCCAGCCACUGGUAUCUUCACUAGGUGUUUUGGCAGAUUAUGAAUAAUUCACACCGACCCAACGGUGAAGAUCUCGGCAUAUCGGGGAGAUUCAAACCCACGACAGCAUUGGGAGGCCUUAGUACAGCCAAAGCUCUAGUCACCGAAGCUACGAAACCCCACCGGGAGACAGUGGGUUUAAUCACAUUUGGCGCAGGCUACCCGCCCAACGUUCUGCAACGUCGGGAAUCCACAGUGUCGUGGUUGUUAGUUAGUUUCAACUAUUGAUUUCUUGCCCUCUACCCUAUUUCCUUUGAGAACUCUUGACUGUACCUCCAAGACAAAACGAAGCACGUUCGCACUUUGUCCUGCUCGUAAACCAAACCGGUGGAUACGCAGGCUUCGCGCUUUGAUGUAGGAACCCGCCCAGUCAACUGGUGCCCGGGAGGCUUACUUCCACCUCUUUAUAAGACGAAACCAAGGCAACUGUCAACUUAAGCCUUGCCCACUUAACACCCACCAAAGAAAACACAGCCUUUCUCUGAGGACUGACCUCCCUGUAGGUUGGCAUCAUUCCAGUUGACGGUUACUAGUGCGGCUGUGCGUAGAACGAAAGCAAACACUCACUUAUUGGCUAGAAGAUAGGAUUGAAUCAUGUGACUCUCCAAACAGGGCAUGAAAAUAGGUUCUCCCCACCCCAUCCCCCCGGAGUAGUAAAGGUGGAAAUGCGCAUAAUUCCGGAGAGGACGAAAUAUUUCCGUGUCCUAACCCUGACAAUAACCCUAAUAUAAAACUUAACCGUUGCCUUAAUCUUGACUCAAACCCUACCCUAAACCUUAACUCUGCAGUUAACAGUAGCCCCUGCGCUAACUCUAAACUUGCCCCUAACUUACCUUACCGUUGACUUUAAAUCUAGCUCUAAACCUAGUACUUAACUUAACCCAAAACUCCCUGGAAGUUGCUUCAAAGCCACCCGUAUUGCAGGCGGUUCCUAUUCUCGUGUCCUGUCUAGGCAGCCAUAUAUGUGAGUCCUACCGGCCAGAAAUGUUAUGAAGACGGGGAUUAGCAAGUGAUCGGAGUCCGCGGGGGGGGGAGGGACGGCUAAAAGACGCAAUUGGGACUAUGGCAGUCGAGGAAACAGUAACCACAUUUUAGGGUAAGGUGAUGCCAUAUUAAUAACACAGGUACUAGCCAAAAGCCCAUACACGCGUUUCGCCGGUGUUUUGCCGCUGCAUGGUGCAGCUGCGAGGGGCUCGGCUCGUCAGUGGGUCCCCCAGCAUUCCUCGCGUGUUUUCUGGUAGAUACUCCAAUUUAGAAUUUGUCGCUGUUUAAUUUCCUCAGAAAUUAUCUACGAAGUUAGGGUAGAUCAGAAAGAUCCUCAGAUAAUUUCUGAGGAAAUAAAAGAACGACAAUCUCUAAAAUGGAGUAUCUACCAGAAAACACACGGGGAAUGCUGGGGGACCCAUUGACGAGCAGGACCUCUCGCGGCAGAAUAUCGGCGAAACACGCGUGUAUUUGCUUUUGGCUAGUACCUGUGCUGUUAAUAUGGUAUCACCUUACCCUCAAGUACACUACUAGCUGUCUGUCGACAGUUAAUGAAUAUUACGCGGUUACCCGCUGUGGCUGAUGGACUUUGGCCCAAAUAUUCAUUCAUAACAUUCUGGGUCUGAGCCUAUAGACCUUGAAUAAAGUGGUCCACUCCAACUUCGUACAUAAUUUCCGAGGAAAUUAAAAAGCGACAAUAACUGCAUUUCACAAGGACUCGGAGAUGGGGUACAGCGAAGUCAUUUCAACGCGAAUAUCUCAAUUAUCCGGUGCUGAUAGCGGACAGGCCACUAGAGCAUUAGGCGUGUGUGUGCUUAAAAGAAGUACUGCCCACAAGUUCGCGAUUUCUUUUUCACAAUGAACAAGAACUGGAACAUCAAAGCGAAAUGAUAAAGCAAAUCAGGGGACAAGCCAACAGGCAAAAACCAUAACAGUGGCUAAGUAAUCAACCCCUAAGCGCAGUAUCUUAGGCAACUUAUCAGGAUUUGGUAGGCAUGAAGUGUGCUGCUUCGCAAUCACCUAGUUGCGCAUAACUGUUGUUGCUCCAUUUCAGGCGCAGUGCUGCGGUCUGAAUAGUGGGGCCGAUUUUAACGGAAUCAAUAUGGGUGAGUCUAGACACCAAGAUUUUACCUCUUUUAUAAGAACUCUGAUCUUUUAAACAUGGAUGAGAUGGAAGUGGGAUAACGGGUAUAUGGUAUCCACUGUUUUCUUCUAUAAGCCUUGAUCAGCAAAGUGCGGCAUUACAAGGCUUUGAGGUCCAUAAGCCUUUAUUACAGUUCAAGAUUAAUCGGCUGAGUGCACCCUCCUAUGUCGGACUGUUUGGAAUGUUCAUGAUACGUCUGUGAUGGACAGUUGACAGCCUGAUUUAAAGGGCGAGAAUUUAUCCAAAAAAGGAAACUACGAAGCAAAUUCCAACGUCUUUGUGUAUCCAAGAGGCGUCGUUUUGCUACUUACUGAUAUAUUCUUACUUGUGAAUUCAUGUAACCCGUAACGAUCCCGAGAUGACGAAGAGAUAUUUGCUUGAGUGUUCACACAAGAUGAAUUAACGGUCUGCUCCACUCACAAAAUAUUCCACUGCGUUGUGUUAUUGCGAAAGAGUAGUUCAUGUGACGAAAAUUUUGUCAUGGCCGGUGAUAAAAGGUCCAAAAAGGCACUUUACUGGGAACUCCUCUGUAACCACUGACUUAGCUAGGAGGCAAACGAAUUACCUCGUGAUAAAUGUCACCUAAGUCGUUUUCUCAUCUUUGGCUUUUUUUGCCCUGACAAGUGUGACGUAAUCCGUACGCUGCAACACACUUUAGUCCUUGUCCAAUCAAAGUAAUCAAGAGGAAACUUUCUUUCUUACAGUAAAGCCUUCUAUGACUCGCAGUGCAACUUUGACUUAUACUUAUCUGGCAACUUUUAUGGGCUGUCAGCGCUGGUGCUCUCGCUUGAAUAACAAACACUAAAAUAUAAAUAAUUAAAUUCUCUAUAAUCAAAGCAGGAAGCAUCAAUAACACCACUUUUGGCGCUACUGCCUAAUAUUGCGUGUUCCAAUUUCUGAUAGAAGCGAACAGGCAAAUUUCAGGAAGCACUUCAGAAGAUUAAAAUGCGAUCACUGGAACAGGAAGUUUAUUGGCCUGACGUUUCGCAUUCUCACUCGAACCCAUCAUCAAAGACAGUCGCAGAUAAGAGUAAUGGUGGCACAAAGAGUGCCGUAAUUAUAGUACGUAGUUGCCGUGGCACCAAAUUCGUACUAAAAUCAGCAUCUCUCGCGAUCACGCUGGGGUCAUAAUUGAUGUGACGGUGGCUUGUCAGUCAGCGUCUGAGUCGUUAAUGGCCGCGAUUUCGUCAUCCGUGUUGGAUGCUGGUGUGAACAUUGUUCGGCAGAUUGGCUCACUGUCACUGGGAUUAUUGCUCGCCGGCGCCCUUCACACGUGACUGAUUCCCCUGCUCCGUUGAAUGAGGCUGAAAGACCCACUGCCACGGCAGGAAACGUCAGGGGUCGUUUACCGGAUCUGGCGCAGUUUCGGGCAAAGCAACUACGUCGAAGAAACUGGUAGAUUACUCAGUACGCGAAUUGCCGAGCACGCAGCAGCAGCGAGGUGGGGAGACGCUAGCUCUUAGGUGGCGGCCCAUUCGACAGGACCCGGCCAUAUUUUCAAGUUUUAAGAGGCCAAAAUCCUCGCAAGGGGUGACAACCGCGUGAGCCGCGGGCUGCUCGAGUCGUGGUUCUGAGGCCCGCAAUCCAUCAGCAGGAACAUUAAGGAGCGCACAGACAAGGUGCUGAUUGAAGCGAACAGGCGAGUUCCAGGUAGCAGUUCAGAAGACGAAGAUGCGAGCACUGGAAUUAGAAACUUAUUGGCCUGACGUUUCGGAUUCUCACUCGAACCCAUCAUCAGAGACAUUCGCAGAUAAAGGUGAUGGUAGUACAAGGAGUGCAGUAUUUAUAGCACGCAAUCCAUCAACAAGCGCAAUGACCUCCCGGUUCAAAAUUCCAUACUGAGAUUUUCCCUAGGCAGGGGAAUCAGUCACGUGUGAAGGGCGCCGGCGAGCAAUAAUCCCAGUGACAGUGAGCCAAUUUGCCGAACCAUCGUCACACCAGCAUCCAACGCGAAUGACGAAAUCGCGGCCAUUAACGACUCGGACGCUGACUGACAAGCCACCAUCGAAUCAAUUAUGACCCCAGCGGUAAUCGCGAGAGAGGUUGAUUAUAGAACGAAUUUGGUGCCACGGCCAAUACGUACUAUAAAUACUGCACUCCUUGUGCAACCAUUACCCUUAUCUGCGACUGUCGAGUGCGAAUGCGAAACGUCAAGCCAAUAAACUUCUUGUUCCAGUGAUCGCAGCUUCGCCUUCUGUUUCAAUUUCUUCGACGACCACUAGCGUUUAAACUGUUACUGCCACUUUGAUCAAUGUUACUGUCACAGUCGACAGAGUGGGUCUCAACUCAGUUCUAAUCCUUGUAAUGUUGUCACUGUUGCUGAUGUUGCUGCUGCUGCCGCUGCUGCUAAGAGCCCAAUUACUGCUAAACCGGCAACUCCGGUCCAGGAGAACUCUUGCCUGUCGGGUCCGGGAACGUGAAUCCCCCCAGUUUUACGGGUUGCCUCAAGCCAAAUCCCAAGGGAAUUCUAACUGUAUUUCUGACCCCAACCUCAACAUGUACCCUAGCCCUCCUGGCCCUGACCUAGACGUACUCCCAAUCCUAACGCCAAAGCCCUUGGAAUUUAUGGCAAAACCGUCUGCGGUGCGAAGGAGGGCCCAUAUUCCUGUGCUCAACCCCUUUGUCACCAUUUACGAUACUCUCGUUAGCACAAUAACUACGCUUAUCGUCACCCCCUCCUCCUCCCCCUCCUCCUCCUCCCCCUCCUCCUCCUCCUCCUCCUCCUCCUCCUCUUCCUCUUCCACCUCCGCCUCAUCACAAACACUACCCUCCUCAUACCAAACUACUUCCCUUUACCUUGACUUACUGGAGUUUUCCUCCUCCCGUGACGCUUUUAAGUUCGGCAAAUCUACAUAAAAUAGAGUGGGUUUAUUACAGGGCCUUUUGGGCAUCGUUUGUCUCCUUAGAAAACAAGACGAAAAUUGGUUUCAAUUCGUAAAAUAAGAAAAGUCCUAACUCACUUUCCGUGCAGUUAUCAUGCUUCCUUUGCUGGUUGGGAAAACCAUAGGGGGAUGAAAUACGCGUAUGCAAAGUGCUAGAUCUUUUCUGCCUCCAAUAUCUAAGUUAAAAUAUAAAACUUGACAUUAUUGCACCGGGCGACACUUAAGAAAUCAUUCUGUUUGGUCUUAUUUAUAAUUUGUUAAUCUUAUAAAACAGUAAGGAGUAAAAGUGCGGGAAAGGACGCAAUAUGCGACCCAACUUUGCACAUUGUUUAUCACUGCCUACUGGUUCUUACGAAAGCAGUGUUGCUUAAUUUGGGUACACUAAUUGCCUUUUUGAGAUAACAUAAAUUGUCGCUUGAAUAUCACAUUCAGUUUAUCUGUCAGUUGACAAACUUCACCUUUCCUGUCCACCUUGGCGGCUUCUCUGUAUUCCGCUGUUCCGCAUCAUUAUGUCGUGUCGUUGGGUCAACGUUCCCACUUCUUCUUCUUCUUCUUCUUCUUCUUCUUCUUCUUCUUCUUCUUCUUCUUCUUCUUCCUCCUCCUCCUCCUCCUCCUCAUCCUCCUCCUCCUCCUCCUUGCAGAAGGAACUUCGGACGUUGCGUAUUGUCUUGUUACUUCGAUCUAAAGACCUCAUAGGGAGUCGUAUACCAAAUACCAAUCCACAAUUUAGGAGGAAUGCCGAACAACACGAGGAGGUGAAGUUUUCCCCUUCUGGACAUUUAAACAACCCCCCCCCCACGCUCCGUAGUGAUGACCCAAGGUUAGAUCAAGGCAAAAACGUGACUGUCCUUGUAGUUAACGCGCCUUGACUAUCGAUGGCUCUCCAUUUCGGGACCGCUGCCAGGUCCAUAUUGGUAGUCUCAAGUCAAAACAGAAACCCGGUGUCCGUCCAAAAAGCAGGACAGAUCGAUGAAUACCACCCCUGUGUGACCUUGAGAGACUUCUAUGCAGUAGAGUGAAACCUUGACAAAUGGCUGAAAAAAUUAUAGCAAGUCCGGCCCCAGCGGUCUAUGCCUAGUUGAAGUGUUUUCCUUUAAGCAUAUCUUCUUCUUCUUCAUAACAUGCCAAGUGGCUGCGGACAGUUGAUCCUUAUGCAUUUCGAUUAUUAUCUGCAACCAGUCGAAUGUCACUCCGGUGAGAUUGGCCAAUCCUCAAAGGUGUACUUACUUUCCACUCAUGCUUCCUUUUAGUCGUUUGUUGCUACUUGGAUGGAAACAAAAAUCUCGUUGAUUCCACCUGCGCAAAACAACAGACGGUUGUAAAUAGCUUCUACUACACUGGCUGCUACACGCCGCUGUCCGUAGAAUUCACCAGCUGGAUUAACAUCAUAAUUAUCUGCUUCGCGGUCGGCAUCGGUAUACAGGUAAGGGACACGCCCUCCGACGCCUUUGCACAAAGUUAUCACUUUUUCUAAACUGUUGGCAUAAUUGCCACUAUACUAGUACCUCUGUUGUUAGUAGGGUAAAAUCCUCCAGGGUUUGAUUGCUACUGACCGUCUGUGGGUAUACCGCGAAUAAUAUGCGGUUAUUCCAUGAUGGACGGUGGACUUCAGUUCAAAGAACAGGGGUCGAGCACCGGAACAUUUUGUUUAUUGUCCUGAGCUUUGCCCUCAUCCAACAUGAGCCGGUAUUUUGGCGCUGUUACUUAGACGACACGUUUUUUGUCGUAAAGAAGGACAUGCUGCAACAUUUCCACAACCUGCUCAACACAGUCUUCCCUGAUAUAAAAUUCACGAGGGAGGAAGUACAGGAACAGCAAUUGUCCUUCCUGGAUGUGCUUGUCAGACGAAACCUUAACGGUGAACUUGAAACAACAGCUUAUAGGACGGCAACGAACACCACACAAUUCCGGUGGCUCACAAACGAAGCUGCGUGAGUACGCUCUUCAAAUGGGUCCAAACUCAUUGCAGAAAACCGGAGGACAUAGCACGUGAGGCCCGUCAUCUCCGCGACCAGUUUGUGCAAAAUGGCUAUCUGAGGGCAUUCAUAACUCGCUGCCUAUUCAGUCGCCUCCUGAGGACUCGAACAUCAAUAUCACCGACGAUAUGGCAUUCUCUGCCAUACAUCAAGAGCGUUUCAGAAGCGACCGGACGCAUUGUUGCAGAGUUAGGUGUUGGAAUUGCACACCACCCCACAGUCACCAUGCGCAAUAGGGUCAUGAAAAUUAAAGACCGGUUAAAGCCUGAAGAGCAAUCUGGAGUUGUGUAUCGCAUACCGUGUCAAAAUUGUCCUUCUUACUACACAGGGCAGACCGGACGCAUGCUCGGAUCGCGCAUAGACGAACAUAAGCUGACCGUGCGACGAGGCGACGCAUUAUCACAACUGGCCACCCACACCUACGAAAUGGGUCACGAGUGUAACUUCGCAGCCACGAAAAUAGUUGUCCACACCGGAAACAAAACAGGCCGAAAAUUAAUUGAAGCCCAAGCCUCGGAUGAGAACUCUGUCAAUAGAACAGGGAAUCAGGUGCCAGAGUACUGCCAGCGUACACCAGACUGCGAGGUCCAUGGUUUGCUGAAUCGGGACACAACAUACGCACAUAGUCCUUAAAGCCAAACUACCUAAAACGAGAACUUAUGACCAGCCUGAUCAGACAGGGAUAGUGCUCUGGCUGAUUUAAUCUCGUCCCAGAACAUAGAAAAUUCCCCUAAUCAUGUCUUACAGUUUGGAUUUGCGUCCAUGGAAAACGGUUGACUAGCGAAAUGGGUAAAUUAGGCAAGUCCAAAUAAAAGCCCCAUUUAAAUGUGACAGCAAAAACCCCAGGAUUUGAUGAUGAUGAUGAUGAGGAGGAGGAGGAGGAGGAGGAGGAGGAGGAGGAUGUGUGA